UCGACCGUCAUCGCCGACCGUCGUCACGUCCGCGUCCCGGCGCGAAACGCGACCGUCACGCGAUUAAUACGUGCGUGCGUGAUCGUCCCGGAACCUGGAUAUCCUCCCGUAACCCACACUCCGGGCUCCCCGAAAUCCUUUUCCGGAAAGAGUCUUCUGAAAUUAUGAAGAUCGAGCGAUGUCUCGAGCGGAUAGAAGCUGCGGAGGGUGUUAACGAGCUGAUCUUAAAACGUGACAUUACCGAAAGGGGGUGAUUCUUCGAGAGGAUGAUAUUGUGAGUCAUUUGGUCCAUCGAGCAUUCGGUCCAAAGAUUAUCUUGAGAUCGAGAUUAAACGUCAGUUGUCAGCUGAUCAGUGCGAAGACCCAAGUCUCUCUUUUACGCCGACGAUUCCGUCAACGAGAAAAGGAUGAGAAUGUGGAGGACCAGUUGUUUGCGAGAAAAACGUGUCGGUCGAUGCGAUUUCGAGCUGAUGAUCGCGCGUCAUCGCGUUGAUCCUGUCCCGCGCGUAAGAUCGGAGCGAUUCUAUGAUAAAUAAAUUGUAGGGAAGGAGCGAGGGAAGGGCUUUUCUAUUUACGAGGCCGACGACGUGGGGACGAUCGAAACCGCGUGCGGAGGAGGCGAUGAUCUCGCUCCCGGAAGCGCUCGGAGAUCCUCUCGUUUAGAGCUCACACCGAUCACGCGUGAUCGCGACGAUUUUAUCGCUACUUUGACAAAGGAUAAAGAGGGGUUUUCAUCAGCCAAUUAGUCUCGCACGUAACGUAAUACGCUUAAAAAAGAAUAAGUUGAUCUAGUGUGAAGAAGGAAAUUAAUUAAUACGAAAAAUAAUGCAAUAAAGUGAGAAGAUCGCGGAUCGCGAUUGCGUUUAUUGUCAAGACUUUAGCGAUGCGGCGCGAUUUUGCGAACGAUAAAAGAAUGAUGGAGAACACGCCGUAACGGCGAUAUAUCGAACGGUGACGAACUUGAACGUGAAAAAAAAUACGCGAAUCACGAGUAUGCGUCUGCGUGAUCGCGCGGCGACGUUUCGCGUCUCCGGAUUUUCGCUAAACGGCGAGACGAAAAUCUAACAAACGAUAGUCGAUCGAGUCUUUGGCGCGCAUGCAAAGAAGGAUAUCGACGCAGUGACAGAAAUAUGUUUGCCGAAAAGAAAUUUAAAAUAAAAAUGAGAAAAAUGUGCGAUUUCUGCGUACAUUCGUAAUAUGACGCUCGAUGACGCUUAUUUUAAAGAUAAAUAGUGACGAAUUCCUCUUGAAACUCUUCUCGUGGUCUCUGCUGAAAUAAUGUUCCUUCGACGAAGGACUCGCGAUUGUACGUAAAGGGGAACGGAGCUUUUACGUGCGGCGGGAAACCACGAGUGACAUUUUGCAGGAGCGAUGGCUAUUUCGGGCCAGACACGCGGGUGUGCUGCAUUUAUAAGACGAUCCUCGCGAACGAUUUACCGCAAGUGAGCAAUGCAGGUGGCUGUGUUUGCGUUGAUCGAAUCCGCGUAUAUUUACACUUGGUAUUGUAUUCGAAUUUUCGGGACCCAUAAAGAUAACGGCGGGAAAUGAUGUGAAAGCUCUUCACACACACGGCUGUGGUGGCAGACAUAAUUGAACGUUCCUAUUCGAUGCAUGUUACAUUAAGCUCAAGGUGAUAUGGAAGCGGAAGACGAAGUGGAUGAUGAGUUGUCGGAGGCUGCCGACACGGAAGCGAAUCACAACAACAAUCUCGAAAAUUUCGAGACGAUGAAAAUUUCUGCGAAACCGGUGUCCGAGAGAACACCGGAGAAAAAUAACUGUUCUUUAGUGCGCUCGUCUAAUCCCGAGCAAUCAGAAAAUGUCGAUUCCGUCGACGAUAGUUCUGGAAAGUUAAAUACGACCGCGCGACCAAAAUCAAAAAUAUCUUUAAGUACAAGCACAAAGACUGACAUGAAGGAUGUUGAGAUCGCCAAAAUGUGCAGAAGUAAGAAGGUCAGUUGUCAGGAUACCAUACACGAGUAUGACGAGGAUGACAACCUUACCAUGGAUAGAGUUGGAAGGUAUCUGGAGGCGAAUCCCGCUCUAGCCGAAACAUGGCUACGAGAGAAAGCAAGCCUCCAGCUUCGGCAAAGAUUGCAAAACACGUUUAUGCUGCAAACGAUAACACCAAACGCUCCGCGUAUGCAGCAAGAAGAGAGUCUUCUCAAUCGGGGCAAACGCAACAGCGUUACGUCCGAUCUCUUUCAGACAUGGUUGGCCUCGAGCUCACCUGCGAAGCGCAGCAGGAGCCCCAACAGGACUCACAGCUCGCUGAAGGGUCGUCGCGAGGAGCUCGGCAAGCUGGACGAGAGCGAUCUGUUCAUGGAACUGAUAAGGGAUGUGGCAAACGAGCUGGACAUAAACAUCCUCUGCCACAAGAUUUUAGUGAAUGUCGGCCUACUUACUCAUGCCGAUCGCGGCAGUCUAUUUCUGGCGAAGGGACCCCUGGAGGAUCGGUAUCUCGUGGCAAAAUUGUUUGACGUCAGGCAAGACACCGAGCUCGAGGAAGCCGUUCAACGAGCGAAGAACGAGGAGAUCAAAAUACCGUUCGGAGUCGGUAUCGCCGGUUACGUGGCGCAGACCAAGGAGAUUAUCAACAUCAAAGAUGCUUAUAAGGAUCCGAGAUUCAACAGCGCUAUCGAUAUGCGGACCGGGUAUAAAACGACAUUGAUCCUAUCGAUGCCGAUCUGCAAUUACGAAGGCGACGUCAUCGGAGUCGCUCAAAUCAUCAACAAAACAAACGGCAGCAACGAAUUUACUGACAGAGACGUCGAGGUGUUUCAAAGAUACCUCACGUUCUGCGGUAUCGGCAUACAGAACGCGCAAUUAUUCGAGCUGUCCGUGCAAGAAUACCGGCGCAAUCAGAUACUUCUCAAUCUAGCGAGAAACAUAUUCGAGGAGCAAAAUAAUCUCGAGUGUCUCGUCACGAAGAUCAUGACCGAGGCGAAGGAGCUCCUCAAAUGCGAAAGAUGCGCCGUUUAUUUGCUUGACUUGGAUUGUGGCGAGGCAGGUCAUCUCGAGAAAAUCGUUGAGCGGCCUGGGAAAUCGGUGCAAGAGAGCAGAAAGCCGUUGUCGAGAAGAGAGAGCAACAACAUCGACAUGGAAGACAUUUUUCAACAGCACACGUCGACUGAAGACACCAAAUUCACCAUGGUCUUUGAGAUGGAGAACGAAACACAGGAGGCCCGAGUCUAUCGACCAAGCAACAACGACCUUACGAGUCCUUUGGGACAUAUCGCGAGAUACGUCGCCGCGACGGGUCAAAUUCUCAAUAUAGGUGACGUCGCCACAUGGUUGAAGAAAGACGUAAUGGAGAGCAAGAGGAAACCCAUUAGGAGUAUCCUAUGCAUGCCGAUCGUUAACGGACAGAGGAUCGUCAUCGGAGUUGCUCAAUUGAUCAACAAGGAUAACGGUAUAUCUUUCACCGACUCGGACGUGUCGAUAUUCGAAGCGUUCGCCAUCUUCUGCGGUCUCGGCAUUCACAACACGCAAAUGUACGAGUCCGCGUGUAAAUUGAUGGCGAAGCAAAAGGUGGCCCUCGAGUGUCUGAGUUAUCACGCGACCGCCAACAACGAAGAUGCUCUGCGACUCGUCUCCGAUACCAUACCGUCCGCGGAAACAUACAAUCUUUACAGUUUCACGUUCAUUGACUUUGAUCUCACCGAUGAUGACACGUGUCGCGCCACUAUCAGGAUGUUCAAACAAUGCGAUCUCAUACAAAAGUUUCACAUACCGUACGAUGUCCUGUGCAGAUGGAUACUCAGUGUAAAAAAAAAUUAUAGGCCAGUGAAGUAUCAUAAUUGGCGGCACGCGCUAAACGUCGCACAGACAAUGUUCGCGAUGCUGAAGACCGGCAAGAUGGAGCAAUUCAUGACUGAUCUGGAGAUUCUCGGCCUUCUCGUCGCCUGUCUUUGUCACGAUCUGGAUCAUCGCGGUACCAAUAACGCGUUCCAGAUGAAAACGGAAUCCCCACUGGCAAUCCUGUACUCCACCAGCACAAUGGAACAUCAUCACUUCGAUCAGUGCGUCAUGAUUCUAAAUUCCGACAGCAACAAUAUCUUUCAGAAUCUGUCGAUGGAGGACUACAGACGCGUGAUGAAAGUCGUGGAGAGUGCUAUUUUAUCAACGGAUCUAGCAAUGUAUUUCAAAAAGAGGAAUCGUUUUAUGGAGGUGAUCGACGAGGGCGAAUUCGAUUGGCAGAGCGAAGAGAAGAAAGAGUUACUAUGUGGUAUGAUGAUGACAGCGUGCGACGUGAGCGCGAUAGCAAAACCCUGGGAUGUGCAGCAUCGCGUGGCGAAGUUGGUAGCCGACGAAUUUUUCGACCAAGGCGAUCUAGAGCGUUUACAGCUCAACCAACAACCGGUGGCGAUGAUGGACCGCGAGAGGCGGGACGAAUUACCGCAGAUGCAAGUCGGUUUUAUCGAUGUCAUUUGCCUGCCGCUCUACAAAGUCAUGUCGGAGACGUUCCCAUGGAUACUACCGCUCUAUGAAGGUACCAUGGAGAACCGGAAACACUGGCAAGACUUGGCGGAAAAGGUCGAGAUGGGACUGACGUGGAUCGAUCGCGACACGAUCGAGGAACCGGUGGAAGAAUUCGUCUCUUACGAACCUAGAGAUAUCGAGUUUACGGUUACGACGUUAAAUUGCGCUCAUGCCGACAAAAAGGAACAGGUGCCGGAAAAGUCGACGCUAGGUAGAUUCGCCUCGUUAAGGAAGGGUGGACGUACGUUGAGCAAAGGAGUCCGACAUCGUCUCAGCAGAUCUCUCUACGCUAGAAGCAGUUCGGAGGACGCUGGCAAAUCGAAAGCGUUGCUCCCAGAAAGAAAGAAUCGGAACAAACUGUGUUUACUCAUUUGACGGCUAACUUCGACGACACUCGAGAGCAUUCCUGAAUGAUGCCAUAUUAAAGGGCAAUGAUAUGUAUUUGAAAACAAAUAUUUCAAUAUACACGUGGCUUCCAGAUCGCGGAAAAUUAAAUCUGCCGAUGCGAUUGUCUGGAAAUUGAACACUUUGACAGAUACUCCACAAGCGUGACUAUUAUUGAGAAAAGAGAUUUUUAGGAUAAACUUCUAAAAAAUCACUAUUACGAAGAUAAUAUUAUCUGCUUUAAUAAAGCAAUCAAAUUGCUCUUGAUGAGGGAAUAUUACCAAAAAAGUUGUUUAAAAAAAUAUUUAAGCUACUUUUGCAGUAGCGAAAUAUUUAUGGGAAAUGAAUCCUUUUCGAAAACUGUCAGAAGAGAAAAGAAUAUUGAUAUUUGUAGAAAUUGUCAUACCACAAUUACAAUAUUUGUAAUUCAAAAUAAUUGUUUGAUAAGAUUUAAAAUUGAUCAAAAUAAAAAAUAGAGAGAGUAGCAUUGAAAAGAAGUAAUGAUAUAAAUUUCGCAAAUUGUGAGAAACGAAGAUCUGAAAAAAAUUGAUAAAAUAUUAACGAAAUAUGUCGACAAGAAAAAGUUGCAGCAAGUCAAAAAAUAUCUUAAAAAAAUAUUUAAAAUCGAAAUAAAUAAGAAAUUUUAAAUUUUUUAUCAAAAAUAAAUUAAUUCCAUUUUUCAAAAACUGAUGGUUCCAUAAUCACUCAUAUAAUAUAUAUGAAAAUAAAAAGAAUAAAACAUCUUGAUAUUAUUUAAUCGAAUUCAAUACAAAUUCAAAUCAAAAUAUUCAGAGAAAAGAUAUCUCUAACCAAAAUUUAAUACGACAGAGAGAGACAAGAUUACAUAAGAGGAGGAACAAAUGCAUAUUAACAUAAUUAUCAGAGGAAAAAAGCAUAUACUCGAAGAUGUCUUAUAUUGACUCUGACGUACUCUUUGCUAUGCCAUUGUGUCAGAAAAUGACAAAUCAAAAUCCGCAGUAAUAAUCCUAAUGACGAACUUUCGCGGUACAAAGUCAACGAACUUAAAGAAAAAAGAAGAAAACAGAAAAGAAAAAAGGGAAGAAUAUCCAAAGUGAUAUCUCACGAAAAAAAACCGGAUCCCGAGAAGACUGUUGCGCAUAGAUUUUAAGGCGAUAAUACAUAGACACGGUAUUACGUAAACGUGUACAUUUAGUCGAUGGCUAGGUAGCUAGAGAACUUGACGGUCGGUCGUUGCACCUCAUAACGACAUUGCUCAUAAUCGCAAUCCCGUAGAGCGCGAGAGAGUGUGCUAUAUGUGUGUAUGUGAAUAUGUUGGGCAUCGUCGGAUGAUAUGAUGAUGAUGAAGAAGAAUUCAAUUUUGACAAUCUUUUUGUAUCACAUCUCGAUGAUAUUCUAGGCUAUAUGUAUUGUUCGGCGAAGGGAUCGAGGACGUGCUAAGUCGGACUCGCGAACACGCUGCCCCACGAUAUGCAAUUCAAAUUAGAAACGAGUGCAAUUGCUUUUAUUAUUUCAGAUCUACCCUCGCAAAAGCGAUCUCCGCGAUAAUGAAGAUGAGAAUUAAAUUGAUACGGUUAAGAUAAAAAAAAUUGCUCAAAUUGAUUUCUUCAUUUUAAUCAAGUCCGGUGUUCUUAAUAUUUUUUCAGCAGAGUGAAUAAAUUCAAAAUAUUAUAAAUUCUGUAAAUAAAAUAAAUGCAUUAAAAAUAUUUUAAGUUCUGUAAGUAUAGCGAAGCUUCGCAUUUACAAUUUUGUAAAAACGAAAUCUGAAGUAAGGCGAAUUGAAGUGUUUUAAGAUCGUGUAGAUAAAACAAUUUUAACUCUAACAAUAAGCAUAAUAAAAAAUUUCAACGAUUUUAAAUUUUGUAAAAAGAUAUAUAAAGAAUAUAUUUUAAAAAAGGAGUAAGCACACGCAUUUUCAAUUUCGUAUGUGAGAAAAUAAAAGACUUUCUUUUCUUUUAUGGAACUUGUGCGUAGCUGGCUUGAACUAUAGUUGCGAACACGAUCGCACAUUCAUCAUUAACUCUCGUCAUAUAUAUGUACAUAACGAAUCAUAUAUGGGUACAUAGCGAGCGGCGGCACUUUAGUAUCGCGGUUAAUCAGCGCUCGUAAACGGAGGCAAUGAUAGGAUUAAAUCGUGCACGCAUGCAAACGUACGUAAUCUGUGACGCAAGCAUGAACGCGAGUCCACCGCGAUUAUUUCCAGUUCGAGUUUUGUACAUUGACCCUUCGGGAGAUCGCAAAUACAAACACGAAUAUUACGUUUCCUCAUUUGCAUUUCCGUUAUUCCGUCAUUAUGCGUGUCCUGAUCUCGGAGGACGACUCCGAUAAUCUCAGGGCAAUCUCAGUGCGCGAUAAAAUUUUUUCUCCUUUUUUUAUUUUUAUUUGCAUUAUCGAUUAAAUUAAACGACAGAUAUCUCGGAUGGAAAAUUUGCGCGUACGAAAUCGGUGUUACUUCCUACAGAAUUUCUUAAGCGCAUUGCGUUUUCGGAUGUGAGUCUGAGAGUUAAGCAACACGAAAGUGAGACUGGUUUCUAGUCUUUUGAUAUAGCUGCGAAUCAAUAUGCCUAUCAGAAAUUGUUGCACACGGUCAAAUAAAAUCUGGAUGUGCUCAAACA